UUUAGCAGAAUAAAUUUGCCUAUAGAUUUUUUCAAACUUGCUCCGAAAGAAGAAACAUUGGCAAAGAGAAGGUGACCUGGUUUGACUUGGAGCUGAGGUUCUUGGAUAUAAAUGAAUAUUCUGUUCACCAACUGGAGCAAUCAAAACUUGGGGGAAAAAAUCAGAUGAAACAUUAAACAAUACGUCUUCGAUCUUUAAGUUUUGGUUCCAUCAUACAAGUACAAGAUUGUGAGACAUAAAAAUGAAAAGCUGUUGUGCUGAAUUAAAGGUCUACGUUUGGAGGAUUUAAACGCUGAGUGAGAUGGAUUGAAAAGGCAUGGUGUCAGGACUGGAGUACAAAAUGGCACGAGUUCCUGGAACAAAUGCUUGGAUCGAACACUUUAAUAACUUUAUAGAAGGAGAAUUAUCAGAACCAUGGAGUUUGAAUUUCAGAUACGACAUUGUAGAUAAACUAGAUGAUCGGCAAAGAGCAAAUGAUUGGAAGAUUUAUAAAACAUCAGCUUUUGGCAGAUUUAAUUGUCGCUGUUCACAUUCAUGGUGUUCAGCUCGUGUCAAUAUUGUAUUUCAUUACCGACGGAAACAGCAGCGUGGAUCAGUUUUGCUUCGUCCCUUCCGACAGCAAUGCCGAGAUUGCAAGAACCCCCUAUGGCUAAAACCACGGGUUAAUUCCACCGAAAUGGAUCAAGUGUUCGGCAGGCUUAUUGUAAAAAUCCUCAAAAAUUGCUACAACGUUUCUGAUGUGGAUGAUAGAGAUAGAUCUCUGAAACCACGGAGGACUAGCCCUCAUGAAAAGGAUCUCUGUGAAGCCUGUAUAUUGGGUAUCUGCAGCUUGUAAAUUAAUAAGGCUAGUAACAUAAUCUCUGCAACGAAGCUUGGGUAGAAAUUUGACUUUGUCCAACAGGUAAUUUACCAAAAUAUAAUUAAAAUUAAAUGGUAGUAUAUUGUUUAAGUAACAAUAAAAGAAAUAUUUAUAUAAUUACCAGCCUAAGAUCCUCCAAAUACACUGCACCUCUCAGCAUAAGACUAUGUUUAUUUUUCCUCCUAGUUUUUUUUUCUGCAUUUAGCAAUCUGAAAAUAUUUUAAUAAAAUUACUUUCAGUAAAAGUGGUCCAGCCAACAAACUAAAUCUUAUUUACAUUGGAGAGUGGGCAGCCAGCGAUACCAGUUUGAGAAAGCCGCUAUGCAAUUAGCGCACCUUUAGAGGACAGGUACGAAAGAGAAGCUGACAUAUUUGUCAACGUCAAUCAAGAGGAAUAGACGAGACACUUACCAGGAACAGCUACAAUGGCGAGUAAAGGGUAAUAAAUCAGUUGGAUGGUCCGAAUGGAUUCUCACUGUACUGCAGGCACAUUGGACUUCAACAAGAUCCAAUGUAUCAUUACUUGCACUUAAUUAACUUAAAAUGCAUACUUGCUCACUUUUCACCUCCUCCGGAACGGAGAGAACUACUAGGACAUUAUGACAGCAUUUAAGAACUGACCAUGUAGUGCAACCUGUCAGAGGCCAGUCUGGCAUUAAUCAUUUGCUUUGUAGACAUUGAUCGGAAGGCAAUGGGUAAGUUGAUGAUGGCUUGAAGCUCUGCCUCUGAUCUGACACAAUUGCAAACGCCAUCAGUGCACUGCAGUUCACUGCUGAGUUGGGGGCAACCUUGGCGAUGGAGUGGAGACAAAAUAGGUUGAAUAGUUUCCCAUUGCUCCUCAGAAACAAUGAACCAUUUUCAGUAUUUCGGGAGCACAAGCUUUGGCUCACUUGGGAAAUGUGCAAAUGCAGAUCAAGGUCUCAGACAUGACACAAAUCUCAUGGUCUAUGAGACAGCAGUGACCUUCUUAUGUGCUUCUGAAAUUUGAACUACCUACACUGCACAGAUUAUCGCAUCCACUGUUAUUGCCUUUUCAAGGUGAUAUCUGCUAAUAUUACCUGUAACUGAAUCAGGGACAGAAUAGAAUCAUCUGUAGCUGAAAACAAGACUUUGCUUAAACAACACACCCAAAAUGCUGGAGGA